CUGGAGGAAGAAGACUAACCCACUGUAGCCCGCGCUAGAGGAAAGUUUUGUUGCUACCGGCACGUGGUGGUUGUUUUAUUAAUUUUUUAAACCUUAGUACCUUAACAACACAAGCAAUAAUGUCGAAACCAGCAUUCAAAGUCGCCGACUUAAAACUGGCCGAUUGGGGCAGAAAAGAAAUCACACUAGCUGAAAAUGAAAUGCCGGGACUGAUCUCCCUCAGAAAACAGUAUGGUGAAGAGAAACCCUUGAAAGGCGCUAAAAUUGCCGGUUGUUUACACAUGACCAUCCAAACCGCUGUACUAAUUGAAACACUUGUAGCAUUAGGAGCUGAGGUCCAAUGGUCGAGUUGUAACAUCUUCAGUACACAAGACCACGCGGCGGCGGCGAUAGCCAAAGCCGGCAUCCCCGUGUACGCGUGGAAGGGCGAAACCGACGAGGAAUACCUCUGGUGCAUUGAACAGACCCUGGUGUUCAGUGACGGUAAACCUUUCAACAUGAUCCUCGACGAUGGUGGCGACUUGACCGUCCUGGUGCACAAGAAAUACCCCCAAUAUUUGAAGGAAUGUCGGGGAGUCAGCGAGGAAACCACCACUGGAGUCCACAAUCUCUACAAAAUGAUGAAGAACGGCGAACUGAAGGUUCCCGCCAUCAACGUCAACGAUUCCGUCACAAAGAGUAAAUUCGACAAUUUGUAUGGAUGCAGGGAGUCCCUAAUUGACGGAAUUAAAAGGGCAACAGACGUUAUGUUGGCUGGAAAGGUGUGCGUCGUCGCUGGUUACGGAGACGUAGGCAAAGGCUGUGCCCAAUCACUCAGAGCUUUUGGAGGCCGAGUACUUAUCACAGAAAUUGACCCAAUCAACGCCCUUCAGGCCGCCAUGGAGGGUUACGAAGUAACCACCAUGGAAGAGGCUAGCAAGGAGGGACAGAUCUUCGUCACCACCACAGGCAACAAAGACAUCAUCAAGGGUGAACACUUAUUGAACAUGAGAGACGACAGCAUCAUCUGCAACAUCGGUCAUUUCGACUGCGAGCUCGACGUCGCCUGGCUGGAGAAGAACGCCAAAGAAAAGGUCACAAUCAAACCACAAGUGGACAGAUACACAUUGCCAAACGGCAGACACAUAAUCUGCUUGGCGGAAGGCAGACUAGUCAAUUUGGGAUGCGCCACAGGCCAUCCGUCGUUCGUCAUGUCCAACUCGUUCACCAACCAAGUUUUGGCACAGAUUGAGCUGUGGAGGAACCCAGGAAAGUAUCCGGUUGGCGUGCACGUUUUGCCGAAGACCUUGGACGAGGAAGUAGCCAGGCUACACUUGGACCACUUGGGAGUCAAACUCACCAAACUCACCAAAGAACAAGCGGACUACAUUGGUGUCCCCAUCAACGGACCUUUCAAGCCGGAUCACUACAGAUAUUAAAUGUCAUUUUUUAACAAUAAAAUUAUAAAACCCA